AUGUAUCUCAAGACAGCGCUGGUAUGUGUAGUGUUAGCCAUCUGUCCGCUGGUAUCGCAUGCGGCCAUUUAUAGCUGCUAUUCGGGUUCAAUUCCCGGCUGUACGUGCACAGCCGGCUGGAAUGCGGCCGAUUUUAACUACAAAGUGGUGGUGUCGUGUGCGGGUACUGUGGGCUCAGCCGCCGACUUUGGCGACAGUCUGCGCAUAAAGACCAAAGGCUAUCAAUUUGACGACUUUAUAAUCAGCGCUUACCCUAACGCCCGGCUGCCUGACGCGCCCUUUCAUGAAAGCACAACAAUUAAACGCAUUAUAAUCAAAGACUCGCCCAAAUUGGAGGGCUUCGGCGCCAAAGCCAAGCCCGACACCGGACUGUUCAACAAUCUGGGUAAAAGUCUGGAAACACUGGUGCUGUCCAACAACCCGGCCAUCAAAAUGACCGAGUGGCAAAAUAUCGCCACCCAAUUAAAGUCGGCUGGUACUGUCAGAGAAGAUGAACUGCCUGUUGCCGGUGCUAUAAACUUAAAGACCCUGGUCAUUCACAAAAGUCCCGAGUUUGACGAUCUAGAGACGCUCAAAGAUUUGGCCCCCACCCUAAAUGUGUUAGUACUGCGGGCGAAUGGAUUCACCACGUUCAAUUAUGUUUUGGACGAUUAUAAGGAGCUGAUUACGUUAGAUUUGUCCGAAACGCCGGCCUUGAAAAAAUUCGUUCUAAAAACUAAGCCAGAUAAAUUGACCAACAUAUUUUUAAGCACCUGUGGUUUGGAUAUAUUGACCGUGACCACUCUAGAAGAAUUGAUGAAGGCUGGCUUUGUUGAUUUUACCAAAAACAAACUAGACUGCGACUGUUCAAACUUGCCCGAAAAAUUUAUAGACCCUGAUAACGAGAAAAGGUUUUUGGGCUCCCUAUGCGCCACACCCAAUGAACUUAACAAUAAACAAUACGGCAGCACUUGCAUAUACAAGAGCUUUUUUCUAUCUGGUCAAACAUCCCUGGUCUACGCCAAGAAACCAUAGUGACCAUGAAUAAUCUUUUUGGAC